AUAAUAUUGACGCAUUUAUCAUUCUAAGCUGAGGUUAAUCCCCACAAUGUCAGGCGCAGACGCAGACGCGAACGCACAGCCAGCCGAGGCCGGCAGUUCCCCAGCUCCUACCGUCAAGGUCCCUAGAGAAGAGAACCCAGGCGCCCAAGCAUUCAACAAGUGGAAGAGCAGCGAGUUCCUCACGGGACAACAUCUCGAGAUCUUAAGCGUAAGUGACUAUCUCGACAUUUCAACCGAAUGGUGGUCUUCGGCCGCAAUAGAAUGGGCUUUGCACAUGUUGCGCCAGAAAUUCGCUCACAUCUCCGACGUCCAUAUCGGAACGUUAAACGACGCCUGGGCCUUGUGUCGUAAAAGUGCUGGCGUCUCGGAUGAGCUUAUCGAGAACCAGUUUCGCAAAGACGUUGAAGGCAAGGGCAUAAUUAUUAUACCGGUAAACGACGCAAUGGUUGCAGAUGCAUUGACAGAGCGGGACAAACGAGAGGAACCCAGUGAAAAGGCAAAGCGAAAGGAAAGGAAUGAAAAGGCUAAGACGGACCAGAAGACGCAAGAGGAAGGCAGUAAAAAAGCUAAAACAGACCCGAAGCAGCAAAACCAAAACGCCAAAAUAGCGGACAGUAACCAGCACCAUACUGCAUGGGUCAGCGUCGGUUUCCACUGGUCCUUCAUAGUCAUCGACAUGCGCGACGCCUCGAAGCGCACAGCCCGAUACUUCGACGGCCAGGUCUCCGUCGACAAAGGAAAAAUCUGCGGCUACGAGAAAAACGCACCCAUCGCCGGACGAAUGCUCUGCGGCUUCGACGACAUGCUGCAGCUCGAGAAGGGCAAGUUCCACGCGCGCACGCUGAAAUGGAUUCCCGAUCAACGGCGAGGCGGAAACGGCCGUUUCCACGGCGAUGGCGGGCCCUGUGGAGCGUAUCUCUUCGCCUUUAUUGAUCAUCUGCUUGAGAAUGUGGCGGAGACGUUCCGCGGUGGACUUGAAGAGUACUUCCGGGCUAGUAGACGGGCGCAGCGAAGGCGGGAGUUGGACUUUAGGCCGUUCCGGUCUAGACGAAAGGUCAGGAACGAGCUUUUUAAUGAGAGGAAGCUGCAGGAAGCAAGGGGUAAAUGGGAGAAUGCUUUCAACUUGACGCCUAAGAUUUUGAAGCACGUGUUGACUGCGGAUAUGCUCGACGUCCUUGGGGGCGGUACGCCACCAUUGGGGCGUCCGAGCGGCGCAGCGCGACCCAAGCAAACUGGUGGUUCAGACCUCCCGAAGACUCCAUUCCAAACGGGUCUUCCUAUGGACAAUGAACAGGGCCGCAUUUUGGUAACGGGGAUGAUCCAACAUAGGAAGGAGAACCCUUCGACUUAUGGAGGUAUGAGCGAUGAAGAAGCACUGGAGCUUUACCAAAUCCUCCAAGCCAGUGGGUUGGAGAAGAAUCCGACCACCGAUACUCCACCUUCGCUCCAGGAUCUACUUAAUCAUGAGGGUGCUAAGCCGUCCGAAAAGCGUCCUCGGGAGGACGGGAACGAACUAGACGAGCCGAAUAAGAAACCAAAGACGUAAUCACUCUUAGCAUAGAUGUUGUAGAGCACCCGAAAUAGGCUACUUUCUUUCAUACUGCACCUUGCCUUUGUUCGAAUAAUCCUAUUGUUGAAUCUUCUUUCAGUCCUUUGUUAGCACUGU